AUGACUGACAGCAAGGUCCCUCAGCCAGGACCGGCGAAACUUAAACGCAAUGCGGGCCCAGAUCAGUGGCUGGAGGCGGCCAAGGACUGCAAGUACUUAUCGGAGGCCCACAUGAAGCAGUUGUGCGAAAUGGUCAAGGAGUAUAUGAUGGAAGAAUCCAAUAUUCAACCCGUCUCCACUCCGGUCACCGUCUGCGGUGAUAUUCACGGACAAUUCUAUGAUCUUCUCGAGCUCUUCCGGGUUUCUGGUGGGAUGCCCGAUGGUUCAGCGCCCGAUGCCCCAAAAUCUUCCAUCACCUCUGCCGACAUCGAGCCCCCAUCCGAAAUUACAGACCCUAAAAUUCGGAAGAAGUUACGAGGUCCCAAUAACAAUGCCGUGGAGGAUGACGAAGAGGAGUCUGAAGGCCCACGGAGUCGGUCAGGUAGCCAGACGUCCAAUGAUGUCCAAGUAAACCGGAACUUUGUCUUCCUGGGAGAUUAUGUGGAUCGUGGAUAUUUCAGUCUGGAAACCUUAACCCUGCUACUGUGUUUGAAGGCUAAAUACCCCGAUCGAGUAACAUUAGUGCGCGGAAACCAUGAGUCUCGGCAGAUUACACAGGUUUACGGUUUCUACGAGGAAUGUUUCCAGAAAUACGGCAGCGCCUCGGUAUGGAAGGCUUGUUGCCAAGUCUUCGACUUUAUGACGUUGGGCGCCAUCAUCGACGGCAAAGUCCUCUGCGUUCACGGAGGAUUGAGUCCAGAGAUCCGCACACUAGACCAAGUGCGAGUUGUAGCUCGUGCACAAGAAAUCCCCCACGAGGGCGCAUUCUGCGAUCUUGUUUGGUCCGAUCCUGACGACGUGGAAACAUGGGCGGUUAGUCCUCGUGGUGCCGGCUGGCUCUUUGGCGACCGUGUCGCCGACGAGUUCUGCCACGUUAAUGAUCUCUCCCUCAUCGCCCGCGCGCAUCAACUGGUGAAUGAAGGAUAUAAAUAUCAUUUCGCCAACCAGAACGUGGUGACAGUGUGGAGUGCUCCCAACUAUUGUUACCGAUGUGGCAACCUUGCCUCGGUGUGUGAGAUCGGAGAAGAUCUCAAGCCAUCGUUCAAGUUGUUUAGUGCUGUGAGCGAUGACCAGAGGCAUGUGCCCAACUCGCGGCCGGGCCGCAGCGAGUACUUCCUGUAA